GAGGGGGCUGGUGAUGAACAGUAAAUGCUAAUGGGUGCUGGGUGUCUUUUUGGGGUGUUGAAAAUGUUCUAAAUUGAUUGGACGCAACAUGGUGAAGAUACUGGAAAGUGCUGAAUUGUGUGCUUUGAAAUGGUGACUUGCUGCGUGGUUGGGGUUCUCUGGGCACUGCCCCGGCUCUAGGGAAAUGAUGGUGGAGACGUGCUCUGUAGAGGAGAUUUCAGGCUCAGCUUAGGAGUCCUCCCUGAGAGAGGCCCCCACCCCAAUACCCGUCCCGCUCUGUCACUGGUCCCGCUCUGUCACUGGUCGACUGUCUCAGCCCUUUCUUUCCUUUAAGGCUCUUCCCACCCUCGGGAUUGUUUUUUUGUCCUCAGACCCAAUUUUGUCGACUCUCGCUGGGCUGAGUUCCAUGACGGCAGGGGCUCGUUCGCAUCUUGUUUGUGGUCCCAUAGUAGGUGCUCAGAUACCUGCUGAACAGAUGAACCGGGAUAUGCUGCUAACAGUGGAGGGGUGAGGUCUGGGCUGGGGUCCGUGCUCGCUGCGGUGGGGUAGAGAGAGUCAGCACAGCAGAUCAGGGUGUCUCCCGGCCCCAGUGGCUUUCUUUUUCUCUCUGUUGCAGUUCCAGGAGAAUGUCUCUGGAAAGGAAGCCCAACGCCCGGUCUGGCUGGGAAGAGGCAAAAAAAGGGGAGGGGAGCGGGAGUGGGGGCCGGGCGGGCCUGGGGAGGAAGUCUGCAGCCCCAGGCUGCCGAGGCUGUGGCGUCUGUGUUUGCACCUUUGGAAUGCAGCUGAUUCACUCCGGGGAGCCCUCUGCAGCCACUGCUGCCGCCUUGGAUCUGACAUCUGGAGGCUGAAUUCCAGGAGGAGAGAGACGGAUUCCUGCAAGCAGAUGCCAACUUUGAAGGUCAGACUGAGCGAUGGAGCUGCUUUAGCAGGAGGCCCAGAGCAGGAGGUCCAACACUGCCCCACCCCAGGAUUCUGGGAGAGCCUUGCCAACAUUCCACUGACCCCUGAGACUCAGCGGGACCAGGAGCGGCGGAUUCGGCGGGAGAUCGCCAACAGCAACGAGCGGAGGCGCAUGCAGAGCAUCAACGCGGGCUUCCAGUCCCUCAAGACCCUCAUCCCCCACACAGAUGGAGAGAAGCUCAGCAAGGCAGCCAUUCUCCAGCAGACGGCAGAGUACAUCUUCUCCCUGGAGCAGGAGAAGACCAGGCUUCUGCAGCAGAACACACAGCUCAAGCGCUUUAUCCAGGAGCUGAGCGGCUCAUCCCCCAAGCGGCGGCGGGCAGAGGACAAGGACGAGGGCAUCGGGUCGCCAGACAUCUGGGAGGACGAGAAGGCGGAGGACCUGCGCCGGGAGAUGAUUGAGCUGAGGCAGCAACUGGACAAGGAGCGCUCGGUGCGCAUGAUGCUGGAGGAGCAGGUGCGCUCGCUGGAGGCCCACAUGUAUCCGGAAAAGCUCAAGGUGAUCGCACAGCAGGUGCAGCUGCAGCAGCAGCAGGAGCAGGUGCGGCUGCUGCACCAGGAGAAACUGGAGCGGGAGCAGCAGCACCUGCGGACCCAGCUUCUGCCCCCUCCGGCUCCCACCCACCACCCCACAGUGAUCGUGCCGGCACCACCCCCUCCCUCCCACCACAUCAACGUUGUCACCAUGGGCCCCUCCUCGGUCAUCAACUCUGUUUCCACGUCCCGGCAAAACCUGGACACCAUCGUGCAGGCGAUCCAGCACAUCGAGGGCACCCAGGAAAGGCGGGAGCAGGAGGAGGAGCAGCGGCGAGCGGUCAUCGUGAAGCCGGGCCGCAGCCUCCCUGAGGCCCACGCCUCUGACACUGCCUCCGAUUCGGAGGCCUCGGACAGCGACGCCAUGGACCAGAGCCGGGAGGAGCCAGCGGGGAACGGGGGGCUUCCCUGACCACCCCCCAGCCCUCCUUUCCCUUCUUGGGGCUGGAGGGGGCCGGUGGGGCAGCAACAGGGAGCAACGCAGGUGAACGAGUGAGGAAUUUUUACAAAAUUACGACGUCAUUUGGGUCUCUUUUAUGACCUCUUUUUCAAUACUGUAAAUCCACCUUGGAGCGAAGCCACCUGACCUGAGGUCCCGGGGGCUGGGGUGGCAGGAGCGUGUGGGAGCACCGGGACACCUGGGGCUGGGCCUCGCCCCGGAGGCCGGGGGAAGCUGACACAGGUGCCUGGCCUCUCUCCGCCAAAAAGCAUUUUUUCAUUUAAACAUGUUUUUAAGAACAGGGAAAAUCAAACAAAACCCCAAGGUAUUCUGCCCUCCCCAGAGCCAGCCCUAGAUGGUCAGUUUUUGACUCCUUCCCUCCUCUUUUUGGUUUUUUUCCUUUCUCCUUUAAGCACUUACAUGGGUUGGGGGUCUGGCUGGGUCGGGGCUCUCCGGGGGUCCGGGGGUCUACAAUGCUUCUCGGUUGGGGUUUGCUGCUGCCCUUCUCCCCUCCCCUCCUGGCCUCGGCUCAGCACGAGGAUUCGCCACUCCCCACCACCACCCAGCCCCAUCUCUCCCUCCAGGUUUCCCAUCUUCCACCCCAAAAAUGUCUUUGUCUCUCUCUUUUUGUUUUGUUUGUUGUUGGUUCUUUUUGGUUUUGGUUUUGUUUAUCUUUUCUGUUUUUUGUUUCUUGUUUUUUGUUUUUGUUUUUUUGUUUUUUUUUUUUUUACAAUUUUGAGGUCUUUGUGUUCAAGGAGAAGCUAUUAUAUUUUGUUAAGAAAGUGGGGGGAAAAAAACCAAGAGGCCA